AUGCGGUGGUUGAUCCUAGUGCUGCUCGUCGGGGGCGGCCGUGCUGAGGAAUGGGAUGCAACGAAUUUCCCAAACCCGACUGCUGGUCAAUUCCGUGAAUGUAAAAUGAAAACAACGGCGAAUAUUUGCGAUCCUGAUGGAGUGUUAUCCGAACAAGCACGGUAUAGGCUUGACCAUGACUUAAAGCAGUUGGAGAGUAGAACUAGGCAGGAUGGUGCUCGAACGUUCUGCGAUAAAAAAGGAGUGACGGCGGCGAUGGCUGUUGCUAGACAUGUGAAAGGAGGUUCUACAGAGGCUGUGAAAACUAUGGCAAACGACAUGCUCAGGAGGUGGACUCUGGAUCCUCAAUGCCAAAAAGCUGUCGUUUUUGUGGUAUCCACGGAUGACCAGAAAUUCUGGGUGGCUCGCGAUGAUAAGGUGCCCGUUUAUGCCGAUGAGUUCACAGAGAUUUUCAUGCAACAGAAAACUCUCUUCCAACAGAACAAUUACCAACAGGCUCUCACCAAUAUAAUGCAGAAGACUUGGGAGAGAGCUCUUUCUAAACAAGGAGCUCCCAGGCCAGCUCCUGGUGGACAAGGUGGUGGUGGUGGUGCACCAGGUCCAAGACCAGGAUUCGACGGCGAUCGCAGUGGUGGAGGGAAGGGAAUGGGAGGUAUGGGAGGCGGAGGCUUUAAAAUGCCUUCUAUUCCCGCCUGGGUAUGGCUUGCACUCAUUUUCAUUAUCAUUCCUCUUCUCUGUUGUUGUCUCUGCUGCUAUUGUUGUUGCUGCAAAGGAAAAGGAGGUGGACGCGCUGCUGCAGCAGGUGGCGGCGGUAUGGGUGACGGAGGAAUGGGCGGCGGAGGAAUGGGUGGCGGUGGCGGUGGAGCACCACGUGCUGGUGGUGGUGGAGGAUCGAUGUUCCGAAAUUUGGCUGGCGGUAUUGGUGGAGCAGGAAUCGGGUCAAUGAUUGGAAAUUUGAUCUCUGGAAGAGGAAGACGUGGAAUGGGCGGCGGUGGAAUGGGUGGCGGCGGAAUGGGCGGCUUUGGAAUGGGCGGCGGAGGUGGAGGCGGCUACCAAGGUGGCGGAGCGUAUCCAGCAGCACCUGGGCCUAUUUACGAUGAUAAUGAUGGACAAGGCGGUGGUGGCUUAUAUCCAUCGAAAGCGGUCAAGGAUGAAGGAGGUGGAGGCAGUUGGGGUUGA